CAGCAAGCUAUUCCUGAAGUGCUCACCAGUGGUUUGUUCAGACAACAGCGUCACUUAAACAUCUCCAACAUGAUUCGUGUCGUUUUCGCAACCAUCUUUCUGGCAGCAGCGGUCGUGGAGGCUCAGUAUGGCUACGCAGAGCCGUGCCCUCCUGUGGUCAAAUACGUGACCAAGACGCAGUCGGUGCCCCAUUAUGUCACUGUGACCCGAGACCACACCCAGACAAAGUACCACACCGCGUACACCACCCAGUACGUGACUGAGACCGAGGCCGUGCCCCACUAUGUGACAGAGACGGAGACAGUGCCCCACUACGUCACGGAGACAGUGCCACACUACGUCACCACAACCGUCCCGCAGCAGGAGUACGUCACUGUCGACCAGUACUGCAAGCCCUCCGGAGGUUAUGGCUACAGCGGCUGAAGUGCAGCUCUACUUCAUUAGCUAACACAUGGAGAAACUCGUAUGAUUCUUAAUAAAAUUAUUGAUUAUUAA